GUUGUUUGCUCGCGCUGUCUGUGGCUUAAGAGACUGGGCUGUGGCGCAGUUUUAUAUACACCAGGGUCACCUAAGGUCCGUGCUGGUCGCGCUGCAACAGACAGAGCUAAAAGCUACAGCAGAGCCUAGGCUUUGUGUUUUCAUAGCAGGGGAGCCGCUCUCCCUCAUCUCUCUGGUCGCAACAUCAACAAACCUCAUAACUAAGGGAGCAACCGAGCUCACCACGGCUUCGGCCAGAACGAUACACAUACUAACCAACAGGGACGCUACAGUGGGAGACAUAUCGCCAUAUUCGAUUCGGACAGCUACCAUUGCCGGCCCCUCAGUGACCGACAGCCCUGGUACCUGGCGUCACCCGCGACUCAACGAGAUUACUAGACGUCGUAAUGCGACGACCUUUUCAGAGAAGAACGUCCGCCAGAUCGCCUACAAUGUUAUUGCGCUGCUAGGAUUCUGGUCUGCGCAGCUCCUAGCGAAGCUCAACAUUGGCUCUCAAGCCGUUCCCAGUUCUUUUAGAGUAUACUUGGGCUGGGCUUGGUUUAUUCUUCAACUUAUCCCCUUCAUCAACAUUGGCAUUGCCUGUUUGCCUUUGAUUCGACCGAAAGACGAUCUAUCCGACAUCCCUCUCACAUCUGCCCAGCGCCAACUGCUGGGCCUAGAUCCUUCGUCGGCCGCGCCAACUCCUGACACCAAGUUCAGCACUCCCCCUCGAUACUCUCGCACACCUUCCAUCGGCGGUUCAGUCGGAAGCCGAGGAAGUUACAACAGCUCGCCUCUCUCUGGUCGAGGUAGUCCCCUUGUUCAAGGAUCCCCAUUGGGUAGCCCUCUUUUCCAGAAGAGCACCAACAGCUUCGGCAGUAGCUUCGGCAACAGUUUCAACGGCAGAAGAUCUUCUUUCGGAUCAACAAGUCCUUUCGCUGCUAGCUCUUCUUCCAAUGUCUUCUCCGACCCUACUUCUCCCAGCACUCCGGGUGGUAAGCGAACAAGCGUUGGACUGAACAGCAAAUGGUUAUACGAGAAGGGACGACGGCCGUCUGGCAGCGCUUGGGGUAAAUAA